AAAAAUUCAAUCGUAUAUACGUUUAGGGCUAACAAUAGAAAGGUUUCAUUCAAUCAAUCGCUCACUUUAUACGCAUAUAUCGCAGAAGAGCUUAAUCUCAGAGCUUUUUGACGAAAAGUCUUAGACUUUUAAUUCACAUCUUUCUUAGAGAUUAAGCGAUUAAUUUGAUUAGCGAUGGAAUUUAAGUGUUCAUUAAAUGAGGAAAAGCUUAAGUCCAUUGCGAAUAUGAUGGCUCAGAGGCCAGGCUAUGGCAUCGAGCAGAUCCAUGGCCAGCGCUUUUACCGGCCGAUAGACUUUAAAUCACUGACUAAACCGGAAAAAGGGUGCGAAGUAUUUGUUGGACGUCUUCCUCGGGAUUGCUAUGAAGACGAAUUGGUGCCUAUUUUCGAGAAGUUCGGUCAGAUAUACCAAAUACGGCUAAUGAUGGACUUCAGUGGCACUAAUCGUGGCUUCGCUUACGUCCAAUACAUGGAUCCCAAAAUCGCCAGUUGUGUCGCCAAAUCACUGGACGGCAUCCCUAUUCGAGACAUCCAUCCGAUCGGUGUAAUGGUCUCGUGGGAAAAGACUCGACUAUUUGUCGGCGGAAUCCCGAAGUUUAAGAAAGAAAAGGAUGUCCUCAAAGAGAUGAAACGAGUGACUGAUGGCGUCAAGUCUGUCAUUAUCUAUAUGUCUGUCUAUAACAACAAGAAUCGGGGCUUUUGUUUCGUUGAAUACGAGUCGCACAGAGCGGCGAUGAUGGCUAAGAGCCGAAUGGGCCCCGGAUUCAAACUGUGGCGCAAUCACGAGGUUCGGGUCGAUUGGGCCGAUCCCGAGCCUCAGGUCGACGACGAAAUCAUGAAACAAUUUUUCUUUAUAAUGUUUUUGAGCCGAAUGGGCCCCGGAUUCAAGCUGUGGCGCAAUCACGAGGUUCGGGUCGAUUGGGCCGAUCCCGAGCCUCAGGUCGACGACGAAAUCAUGAAACAAGUUAGAGUACUUCACGUUAGAAAUCUUCACACCAAUGUCGAGGAAUCGGAUCUGAGAAAUAUCUUCAGCUUUGAUAACCUUCACGUCGAAAGAGUGAAAAAAAUUCGUGACUUUGCGUUCAUUCACUUCGAGACGAGACCUGACGCCGAAAAAGCGUACAAUUUGUCCACAGUGAUGUUUUGCUCUAACGCUUUGUUACCAUUAGGUGCGGAGUUCCGGAAGAAUAAUCCGACUCUGAAGAUGAUUCAGGUCUCGUAUUCGCGACCGCAGAAGAGCCGUCCGACGCGAUCGAAAUCAUUCCUAUCUGAAUGCGAAUCGUUUCAAACGGAUUCAUGUCUGAGUGAUUUGACGCCCAACUCACCCGCAUAUCCGGGAUCGCAGUUCGUGUCGAAUGGAUUCUUGCAACAACUCAAACACUACCAGACUUUAAAUCAAAACGGCUAUCAGAACUGUUUGCCAUUUGCUGCCAACUCUUAUGGCUCGCCACCAAUGGUUCCCAUUAAAUUACAUCUAAUACAAGGAAUAAUGAAUGAGAGAGAGGAGAUAUAUCGAGACUUUUGGAAAUGUGCUAAUCUACUGACAAAACCCUCGCCUAAAUCGCGACGCCGACCGAUACUAUUGUUGGCCAACACGUCUGAAAAUGCGGGCCACGGGCUGUGGUGUCUGUAUUUGGUCGCCGACGAGAACAAUCGGUGA